UUUCACUGACUCAGAAGUGAAACACUCCGGAAGAAUUCUGGCCUCCCCCACCACCCUCGAUGCAAAAUUAACUGUCUCCGAGUAGAUACAGAACAGGCCGAAAUUUGUCUGCCAAUGACAGUCUACAGCUGGCCCCGCUGGGACCAUUGACUUGAAUACCACUGCAGUCAACGUGAUGGGGUCGAUCGGUCGCGGGAGGGGGAUUUCAUGAGAAUCAAUCGCCCAGGCGACAUCGACCGGGUCCCUCUCGGAGAGGAAAAGAGGCCGAACGGACCUGCUUUAUCGCAUGAGCGAAGCAAAGCAGAUGCAGAGGCCGUGCUUUGCAGAAAAACGGAAAGGGGAAUCCGAGUGGCUGCGAGCAGCGACAAUAAUUGCGCUGCGCUUUGCCGCCGUGUGGAGCGAGUGCAGACAGAUCUCGCCCGUGCGCCAUUAGGGCAGAGGCGGGACGGACAGUGAUGUCACUGCCUCCCUGGACUCCGCAUCGAGGCGACUUUGUUUACUGCCAGGCGCUCCUUACAAUGCUCGCGCCAUCGGCAUCACCUUUGCCAUUGUGAAUGGGCCCGUUCCCCCGGUGGGCAUCUCGAUGUUCUGAGACUUCGGCUGGCUGGGCGGAGGAGGAGGAGCAGCAGGAGUACGGUUCUUGCAAGCUCCCCAGUGGAUGCCAGACUUGGCCGAGUUGCAAGUGUCAUCUGCUCCCGCCUCGAUCCUCUUGCGAGGCUCUCGUACGCUCUUGAUCAGUCAGCCAGUAGGAAUCAGAGUUUAGAAUCCGGCUCGCUGGGGCGCAAUGUCUGAGGCUUUGGAUCGGGAUUGAGUUUCCUCAGGGGGUAGAUCACUCUCUCACAUGUGCAUCAAGAAGCGAGCUUUUUAUCUGAUAUUCGCUGACAAUCGCCCAGCGAGUGGGAGAAGCUAGAGAAUCGUGGAGAAAAGACAUUUAGCAGUUCGGGAGUGCUCUUGUGGAAGAGGAGAUUUGUGAGAGUUUAAGCGUACUCUUCGUUUCAGGAGCGCUUGUUCAGAAGGUGGAAAAUCAGACGAGAUGUCGUCCGGCGAAGAAGCACCGCAGGAUGACGGGAGUGAGAAGCAGGGAGUGACGAUCAACAAUCUGAUAGAGGAUUCGUCGAUGUGUCUGUUGCUUCUGUCGUUGUGGCUCUGUGUGGUCGGUGUCAUGCUACGGAAUUUGUACGAGGAGUGCAGAGUGGAGCGCAGAUUCAGCCAAGCCGGGUUUCUGUUCACGUGUUUGCUGAUCGGCAUCGGAGGCGGGUACGGGUGUGCCUUGGCCUUCAACUCUUACGAUGAACGAGUGGAUCUCGUCUACAUUGGAUAUGUCACCAUCGCCGGCUACACACUCACCUUCGUAGCAAUGCUUCUGAUCCUGGUCGAGUACGGCUGGUGGAAAUUGUGGCAUGCCGGUGACUGGGUCCCUCAAGACGCAGACGAUGAUGAAGUCGUUGCCCAUGGGCACUCUUUGCCUUCAACACCCCGUCAAGGCAAAUUUUUGGGUAAGAGUGGAAGCUUCAAUAUGGCCUGGGUCACCGAUUGGUUGAAGGGUGGACCUCCACCGGACCGUGAAUACAAAGAUUACAAGCCAAUGCGGGAAGGGGUGGAACUCGCAACGAGGGAGCAACGAGCACUACACCAAGCUGCAGGUCACGAGAGUGCUUAAGGGCAGGUCUGUUCAAUUCAUGGGUCCGGCUUUCCUUUUCUCUGAGCUGUGGCAUUUUUGGACUGCUGUAUGACAUGCUUUGGACUGGAGGGAUCUGAAAUGCAGCAGGUUGGUUGAGGGUGGCUCGUUGAAUCUGGUGAAACCAAAUAAUUAAUCUACCGAGCAGUGGCGGAUCAUCUGUAAAGUUAGAGAGCUGAAUAUAUUGGCGGUGAAGCCGGUUGAGCAUAUAGAAAAUUGGGAACUGCCCUGAUGAGUGGGUUUGUGGUGGAAGAAAGUUAUAAGAACGUGAUUGUUCGCAUAUGUACCCAUCUAGCUCCGCAAUGGAGACCUUAUACCAAAAUUCGUUCAUAGGCUAAGCACGUGAGUUCAGUGAUCGAAACGUUCACCGAUACUGUUUAUAGUUUUCUUAUCUGUACAUGUGUGAGGAUUGUAUCAUACAUUCUUUCUCGUAAUCUCAGGGCUAAGAUAAGCCCCUUGUAUAUAAGAGCCCCUUGUAAUCAACAGAAAUUUACAGAGCAAAGCGAGAGGAAGUAAGAUUGUUGUAACUGGAAAUUUGGCUAGAAUUGAAUAGUGGAUCGAUAAGUGUCCCGGCUUUUGUCAUUCUCUAAUGACAGGCUCUUGGUAUAACAUUUCCCAGUUGUUGCACACCUCUUUACGUUCUCCGUACUGAACCAUGAACAAGCUCAUUGUUUUGCUUUUCUCAACAUGCAAACCGAC